GCGGAAAAGAGGAGAAAGAGGGGGAAAAAACGCAGAAUGGAGGAGGAUGCGGUGUAAACCUGUGCGGGGGUGAAGAGGUGACUUGACUCUUUUCUGUCUUCUCGCGGUGUUUCCGCUGUCACUGAUGAGCGUUGAUCUAUUGACAGCAGAGGCCUUCCGUUUACGCACACAAACACACAGCAGAGCGCAUUAUUCACGUGUGUUUGGGGACGCGCACACUCCACUGUUUUUCCUCCUCAGUGGAACGUUUUUAUUCUCGCUGCCUUUGCUGCUGAACUUUUAUAGUUUUUCAGGUUAAGCAGGGAAAAUAUUUGAUUUUUCCUUUGGAGCUUUUUGUUUUGUGUCUUUGUGUGGUUGGUGUUCGGGAUUUUCUCCACCCUGUUUCAAUUUUCAGGAACUUUUUUUUAUGGACUUUCUGAUGUUUUUGUCCAGUUGAGCUCCGUUCACUUCAUCCUGUUCACCUAUCCACCCCCCACACCAUCUCCCCCCCCACUCACACACCGGGCCUCCGGUCUGCAUGGACAACAUGAACUCGUUUGUGGAAUACUCCAUUUGUAACCGACCGGGAACCGGCGCUUAUUCUGCGCCUAAAUCUGGAUACCACCACCAUCAUCUACAUCAUCACCACCACCACCAUCCACUGGAUCAGCACCAGGGCUUCCCCGUGACCUCCGGCGCCUUUCAUACGGGACCAACCGGCUCUCCAGCUCAGGUUAACGGGACCAGAAGUGACAGCACCGCCGGGGGAGUAAGUUACACCGGGGAUGCACGGCUGUACGGGGGCAACGGGAGCGAUGCAGGGACGCACGGAACCACAGGGGCGACCCAGCAUCAUCAGCAACAUCCUCAUCAUCAUCAUGAGCAACAACAGCAUCAGCAGACGCACAACGGCUACCAUCAUCAUCCUCACCUCCACCAAACCCAGAGCUUACAAAGCGGAACAUUGUCUUAUAAUAACGGGAAUAACGGCACCGGGGCCUACGCGGGUCAGGCGUGCGCCAGAAACUCGGAGUAUGCUGCCGCGACGGGCACUCCCAGCACCGUCCACUCCCAGUAUUUCAUGGAGGAGCCUGUGGCCUCCACCUACUAUCAUCAAUCAUCCUUCCCCAGCUCGGCCCCCACCGUCGGCCCCAGCUACGGCGCUCUGGCUGGGGCCUACUGCGGGCCUCAGGGCGCUUUAGCCGGGCCACAGUAUCCACAACAGCUUGGUGGAGGUCUGGAUGCAGCGGGCUACCUGGGGCUUCCACACGGGGGAGGAUACGGGGAGCUACCGGUCUCUCAGGAACGAGAGAGGGGGGAUGAGGAAGGCCAGCAAGCCGGGCAGGGGCAGACCUUCGACUGGAUGAAGGUGAAGAGGAAUCCACCGAAAACAGUCAAAGUGUCGGACUUCGGCCUCGCGGGAGCGCAGAACAACGCCAUGCGCACCAACUUCAGCACGCGGCAGCUGACGGAGCUCGAGAAGGAGUUCCACUUCAGCAAAUACCUGACGAGGGCGAGGCGCGUGGAGAUCGCCGCCACUCUCGAGCUCAACGAGACUCAGGUGAAGAUCUGGUUCCAGAACAGGCGCAUGAAGCAGAAGAAACGGGAGAGGGAGGGAGCCUCCUCGACCACGCGCUCAUCCUCCUCCUCCUCCUCCGGUACCGACGGCGGCUUCAACAAGGAGCUGGAAGACACCGACCACUCCUCCGCGUCCACGUCUCCGGGCGCGUCCCCGAGCUCGGAGACAUCGUAAUUGGUUGAGUGGAAAACAGGUGGCCUGUUGUCUGAGCGUUAAAGCGGUCCAUAAAACGAUUUCCUACAAGUCCCAGAAUUCCUUUUGAAAGCCACCCAGCAGUUUUAGCCAAGACUUCCUCUCAUUGCUCUGUUUCUGCACCGAUUGGCUGAUUUUCAAGAAACUAAAAAGGGUGCUUCCUUCAAAUACAUGAACCACAGUGAAGUAUCAGGACCGACCAAGAGGACGGCAACACCAGCAGUAAUAAUGUACUAUGUAGUUGAUGAUGGCUGCUGAUUGAAAGUCGUAGUAAUAACCUUCAGAUAACCCUCCCAUCACUUGUCACCAUCCAGUCUUACUCUCCAAAUCCAGCUCUUUACAUAGAACCUGCACCUGAGGGAGCGUGACACCACAGCCUGCGUCCUCAGUAGUAUUUUCUCACUGACUAAGAAGUUGUAGCACUAAACAGAUAAAAACUAGACUGACACUCUUUGAUUAUAAAAUGAGGAGCUGAGACGAGUUGUGUCUUUUACAGGGUAAUAAUAGAUUCUUCCUUCAUUAUAAUAAUAAUAAUAAUGAUGAUGAUAGGAUGCACUUGGCCAUCUUAAUAUGAUGUCUGAUUUACAGGGUAUAACUGGUAUUGGGUUAUUUAAGGUGGAUUUGCUUUCAGUGUAUUUAGAGUUAGAUCAUUGCAGUGAAACAACUGAAUGCCUUCAUGAUUCAAUAAAACUAAUUAAAAAACUAAUUCAUUAAAAAAUCAUGACAACUAUCUUUAACCCACAUACCAGUCUGAGCCCAGCCUAACAAAUUGAGCCUUAUGAUCAGGAGUACAGGGAGCCUCUCAUGGCACAAACACACUGUUGUCUUAUCUGAUUGUAGCUAUUUUUCUUUCACUUUUAAAAAAAACCUUUAAUAUUUUUUUUUUAUUAUUAUUGUUGGAUGUUUUAAAUGUUGUUCUGUGUGUGUGCGUUUCCCCCCGCGCACCUCUGGCCUUUGCACUAUGUGACUACAGGGUAACAUUUUCAGAGAAAGUGCAAAGUUGAACGUGUUAGUUAGACUCAGGGUUUAAUCUGGUAUGCGUGUGUGUGUGUGUGUGUGUGUGUGUGUGUGUGUGCAGGGGGAUCAUAAUUAAAGAAAACUACGGAAGCCUGUUAGGCACAUGUCUCCUUGCUGAGUGGGAAAAGUCGUCUCUUCCCCCAUGAGAAUAAAUUAUUGGAUGCAUUUUAUGUUAUUGAUUAUAGAUUAUGGGGAAAAGUGCGUAUGUGGAGGGGGUGUUUUUCUGAGGGACAUCUUCUCUUCUUACUGCUGAAGGUCAUGAUUCCUAAAAACCUGAUAAGAUUACUCUGUGUGAAAAGUUGUGACUGAUGUUUGAUGAGUCCGCUGAAGUUCCAGUGCACUUCUGCAGAUUCCUGCAAAUUUUCCUCGUCACAUUGGAUCUUGCGAACGUCAUUCAGGAGUGAAUCUUUUCACGAGUGUAAUGUUGUCAAGUUAAAGGUCGGCCUCUACUGUGAACCGAUGCUGUCUGGUAUUUUUUACGAUGCUGUCUGUUGUUUUUAAAUGAGAGCAGACUGACUGAGUUUUAUUAGUUCUGCUGCCUUAGAAACAUCCCAAUCACGUUCCUGUCUGUCUUUUUCUACUUUAAACUACCUCAAUUAAAGAUUCUUCUGUCAAUCC